GAGCGACGUGGUCGACGAGAUGCCGCAGGAUAUGGCGCCUCCCGUGGCCCCCGGCGCCCAGCAGCGGGGCCUCCGGGAGCUUCCGGACGCGCUGAGUGCGCGGAUCUUCACUCGUUCUCGCCUCGGAGCCGCCUCAGCUCGCUCCCUCGAGAGCUUGGGCGUGGAGUGUGCCCCGGAGCAGCUCGCGUCCGUCCUCGCGUUCAGGGAGAAGGAGCCCUCCAUCCGGGGUGGAGAAUGCUGCUGCUGCCCAGGCUGUGGCGUCAGCGUCGAGGCCGAGAUGGAGACGGAGGAGGCCAUGUCCGUGGUCGGGCAGCUGCUGAUCUUCGGAGCCCGUCGCUCCUCCGCCGACUCGUGGAUCAGCAACGCUGCGGCGGCCUUGGCGCCUGCGCGUGCGGUCUGCUCGGGCGCGGAGUCGGAGACGGCUGCUGGCUCUGGAGCGGCGGCGGCUG